UUGCGUGAUGCUGCUGAUGCCGCACACUCCCUCCUCGCUCUCCUCUUCCUCCCCAUCUCCCUCCUCGCUCACAUCUCUCGAUCCUCCCUUCCCAUCGCUCUCGUUACUACAAAGGAGACAGCAGCAGCAGCUCAGCCUCGCUGCGUGUGGUGGCGAUGGGAGUCGCAGCUGAUUGUGUUUGUUGUUUUUAAGUCGCGAAGUUAAGAGACUUGGUUUCGUGGUAAACAUCGUUCGGACUUUUGUGCUUGGAUAACGCCGUGCAACCGGAGUUCAAUUCCUCGCAAACGUCACCUGGCUUAACUUAUUAAGAAAACCUCGACUUUCGGAGUGGCGUUUAAGUUUAAAGGAAGCCUUAGAAAAUCUAAACGUAGGAUACAAAAGACAAGGCACACGGUGUAAGUGCAUGCCACGUGCCUUCGUUUGGUCCAAGCAGUUUGGAGCUCGCUCCUGUUGCGGACGCAAUUAAUGCGCAAUUAAAGUCGCGGGCUGAUGCACGGGCCGUGUUUGACCUGCGGGGGGUCGUGAAGGUCAACUCGACGAUUACUCCACCACGUUGGGUCAUUGGGGGGGUGGGGGCAGGGUAGGAGCGCUGGCGUGGCGAAACCACCCAGCCGCAGAUUGACAAAAGUUGUUGUUGAGAGGGGGCGGGGAGGGCUCUUUUGGUGGCCAGGGACAUCACACGGAGCGCAGAUAGACACGGGCACCGGUCGAGACGACGCCGCAUUUCCUUCAGAGCCAUCCGUCCCCGAUGGAAGAGACUCAGACUCGUCCAACGGAGGAGCUCCGUCGUCUCCAGGAGGCCCGGCCGAGUUCGCUGCUCGGCAAGAGGGCCCGGACAAGCUGCGGCCAGACCCCGCGGCACCACCCCGAGCGAGAGGGCCUCCCGCCGGCUUUGGCCGUGAAGCCACGGGGCCACUGCCCGGCCAGAGUGGGCGAGUACCUGCUGGUGGCCCCGCUCGACGUGGGAGGCUACAGAGCGGUGCACGAGGCCACGGGGAAGGAGUUCAUCUGCAAGGUGGUGGACGCAGCCCGCUGGCCGACGCUGCUGGAGGCGUACCGCCGCGUGUGCCCGCACGAGCUCGUGUCCUCGCCCGUGGAGCUGCUCGUGGGCUCUCGGCGCACGUACGCGCUGCACGCGCACGUGCACAGCGACGCGCACGCGCUGGUGCGGGAGCGGGGCCGCCUGCCGGAGCCCGAGGCGGCACGACUCUUCCGCCACAUGGCGGAGGCGGUGGCGCGCUGUCACGAGCGGGGCCUGGUGCUCCGUGACCUCAAGCUGCGUCGCUUCGUCUUCAGGGACCCCGAAAGGACGGAGCUGGUGCUGGACGGCCUGGAGGACGCGCUGCUGCUGCAGGGCACGGACGACUCUCUGACCGACCGUCGCGCGUGCCCGGCUUACGUGAGCCCCGAGUUGCUGCGGUCGUCGCCGUCCGCAUCCGCCGGCGCUCCCCGGCCCGUGCCGUACUCUGGCCGUGCCGCCGACGUGUGGGGGCUGGGUGUCGCGCUGUACGCCAUGCUCGUGGGCCGCUACCCGUUCCACGACCCGGCACCCUCGGCCCUCUUCCGCAAGAUCCGCCACGGCCGCUACGCGCUCCCCGAGUGGCUUUCGCCGGCGGCACGCUGCCUCAUCGGGGGCCUGCUGCGGCACGAGCCGUCCGAGAGGGCCACGGCGCGGGAUGCCCUGCAGCACCCGUGGCUGAGAGUUGGCGACGCAGGCUCAGCCACGGACACCGCCACGAAUUCCAGAACUAUGUCCGUGAACCCGAGUGUGAAUGCAGGCUAUGCGCGGGCCAGGAACGACGACCAGACGGUGCCUGAUGUGGGGGUUGAAGAGGCUGGCGACUUGUUCUUUAGCUAAAUGAAUGGAAUGUUUGUUUGUCCAGCAAAGCCUGAGUCUCAGGAUACUUAUUCAGGAAGGUCCUGGAUUGUGACGUAUGGCCAGUUCUAGACUGAGUACUGUUACGUGUGGGACUAAACCACAGUACCGUGAUAAAACCCACAUGCAUAACAAGGCAUGACACUCAGUCUGUAUAUAAACGUCGGAAACUCAUUUGUGGACUGCCAUUUAGCACGUUUGGAUGGAUGUCUUGCACACAAGUCUGCAUGCAUCUCCAAGCUGCCAACUUCUAUCAUCGCGCUGUGUGUGCAUAUGCAGUAUAUACGAUACGUGAUGAGCAGUGGUGUAAUAUGACGUGGCAUCCGGAGGCACUAAGCAUUAAGCACUGUCUUCAAAACCUCUGGAAUUGACAGUCAAACCAAGUGCGCUCAAGGAGGCAGACAGCAUCCCAUUUUGCAUUAAAUAUAGAGCACUGCUCACCCUCCCAUGGAGGGUUCAUUGCACAGCGAUAUUACGCAAACUUGCAGAAUGUGAUAUGGUGUCUGAAACGGACCAUGGCUGUAACAGUUCCGAGGGUGAGGUUGUUUUUACUUGUUUUUAUAGCAGCAGGUUUUGGAAGAGGCAAUAUUACGACGUGCCCAUGUUUGAAAUACAUGUGUACCAGCUUUUUAUCGCCAUGUUAUUUGCUUGGUCGACGUGUGUACGUUGAACUUCUUUCGCACUCGUGCUGCACUUGACAUGUGCGUUUUUAACGGUUCAGAGAUUGGUUCUUAAAUUCUUUAUAAAAUGUAAACUCAAAUGGUGCAAGCAGUGUUGUUUACUACUUUGAAUGGAUUGUUCCAUCCAUUUUGCAUUCAUGUACAGGAAUUGAUUCUGUGUUUUAUAAUAAAACACGUUGACUCAAACGACUCGGUGGUAUUGAU